CAACGUCCAUGGAAGGGAAAAGGAACUGCGCACACCCGGAGGUAGUGGAACAGGAGGACGAGGUGGAGGAAGAGUAGGAAAAAGAGGUAGAGUAGGAGUAGAAGGAGGAUGUAGCGAGAGGACAGAAGCGACGGGCUAGGCCAACCGUCUACACUGUGAACUGCCCGAUCGGGAAUGAAUAAUCUCGCGCAUAGGUGGUGCCCGAUGUGAAGGAUUUGGACAUGUGACCAAGGGUGAGUGCAUCAUCGAGGUGCAUCUUCGUGGUGCACUACUACUCGUAUUUCGCGGUUAAACACGUGGUCCGGGUUCUUCAAUGCGUAUUUCGAAUGCUGAAUGGACACGGUGGCUCGGGCAAGGCACGACGCAUGGAUAGAUAAAAAUUUCUGACAAACAGGAAACGUGCGGCAUGGGUCUGCCGCGUCUCUCCCUAAAGGGAUAUUUUUUCUACGUGCUAUGCUCGUCUGGUCUGUUGUUGGUUAUAUUGAAUCUAGUGCAGGACGAAAUAUGGCACCGUAUGCGACCUCAUCCUGGACGAACGCCACCCGUUCGCGUUUCCGACAACACAAAGAUCAAAGAAAAUUGGCCUGCAAAAUUGAAGAAACCGACAAUGCAGAAUCGGGAAAAAGUGAAGGAAAAGCUUCCAUCCGAGGUAUUCAACUUAACUGGCACCACGACCUUAUCACGAAACAGUUUAGAAUCCUUGGAUCCAUCAAAGAGACCUUGGUACAUGAAAGGAGGGAGCAGAAGGCCUUAUCCUGCCAUAAAAUCUCAUCGUACUGGUCGAAGAUUGGCGCGUUUGUGGCCCGACGAAGACGCUUAUGAUGAUCGUGUUACUAAUCAAUUAAUGUACGUGCCCACUGAUUAUAACAAAACCAAUGGCGAUCGUCCAUUAAAGAAAAUAAUGGUUCCACAUGGUAUGCCCGAGGCAAAAGUUGGCCCCGAUAUAUUUGUUCAGCAUCGAUGUCCAGUCAAUACAUGUACAAUCAUCAGGGAUAACGCCGAAGAGGCCGACUUAAUUUUAUUUCAAGAUUAUAUAACGCAUGUGGGAAGAAGAUCUUCGAAUCAACAGGUGUGGAUGCUGUAUUUUUUAGAGUGCCCUUAUCACACGCAGAGCGUGAAGAACGCUAUCAUCAAUUGGACGGCAACUUAUCGUCGUGACAGCGACAUAGUCGCACCCUAUGAAAGGUGGCAAUAUUACGACCCUAGUAUUACUCAAAUACCGCAGACUUUUAAUUAUGCAGCCAACAAAACUAAAAAGGUAGCCUGGUUCGUUUCCAAUUGCCAUCCUCGGAAUCAACGUAUGCAUUACGCUAGAGAAUUGUCGAAAUACAUCCAAGUUGACAUUUAUGGGACCUGCGGUACUUUAAGAUGUCCACGCUCGCAGUCUCAAGCGUGCUUCGAUAUGCUCGAUGAGGACUACAAGUUUUAUCUCGCGUUCGAGAAUUCCAAUUGCAAAGACUACAUCACGGAAAAGUUCUUCGUCAAUGGUCUUGGACACAACGUUCUGCCAAUUGUAAUGGGUGCGCAUCCAACGGAUUACGCUCGAAGCGCACCAUAUCGCUCUUACAUCCAUGUGGACGAGUUCGAAUCGCCGAAAGAGCUCGCCGAGUAUCUUCAUCGUUUGGAUCGAGACGACGAAUUGUAUAAUUCGUACUUUCGGUGGAAAGGUACCGGCGAGUUUAUCAACACGUACUUUUGGUGUCGGGUGUGCGCCAUGUUGCACGACGAUCGGCCGCCAAAAUUUUACAAGGACGUGAACGAUUGGUGGAGAGGCGAUGGGAUAUGCACAACUACUUCCUGGCGCGAACACGAUUCGGUUCGCGCGGGAAAUUUAAAAAAUACUUGA